AUGCAGUGUGGGCCCAGUGCUGAAGAAGACCUUCACCUGCUGAAGCUGCUGCCUUGUUCUGCUUUAGCCUUCUUGAUCUGGAACAACAGAGACAGAAAGCAAACGCAGUCCUUUGCCUUGUUUCCUAGGGAUGGGUACAACAACCCCCAGGUGUCUGGUGAGAACCUCAUUGGCCUCAGCAGGGCCCGUCGCCCACACAACGCUAUCUUUUUGAACUUUGAUGAGGAAGAAGUCCCAACAAAACCCCUGGAUGCUGCUGUACAGACCUGGAAGAAAGUGUGCACCAAUGCUGUGGAUAAAAAGGUGGAGGAAGAGUUGAGGAAGCUCUUUGAAGUCCGUCCAGUCUGGUCCCGGAAUGCAGUAAAAGCCAAUGUCAACAUCCACCCAGACAAGCUGAAACUCCUGUUGCCGUAUCUGGCCUAUUACAUGCUAACAGGUCCCUGGAGGAGCUUAUGGGUUAGGUUUGGGUAUGACCCCAGAAAACACCCUGAAGCAAAGAUUUAUCAAGUACUGGACUUCCGAAUUCGCUGUGGAAUGAAAUAUGGUUACGCACCUAAUGAUAUGCCGGUGAAAGCAAAACGCAGCACAUAUAACUACAGUCUGCCCAUCACCGUCAAAAAGCCAGUAAGUCAUACAGUCAGUGUGCACGAUCUGAAGCAGGGAUUUGGUACUUCUGGUUCAUCCAGUGCAAAAAAGUCUGCCUCCAGCAGGUAUAAACUGAAGGAAUCCAUCUACAUUUUCCGAGAAGGAGCCUUACCCCCUUACCGGCAGAUGUUCUACCAACUCUGUGACUUGAAUGUGGAAAGCCUGCAGAAAAUCAUCCAUCGGAAUGAUGGUACAGAGACAGAAUGCACAGAGCGGGAUGGGUGGUGCCUUCCGAAGACCAGCGAUGAUCUGCGCGAUACCAUGUCCCUGAUGAUAAAGCAGAUCAUCAGAUCCACUAGACCUGCUCUUUUCUCAAGUACAACAAGCAAUGAGGAUGGCAAAGAGCAGCUGGCAUAUGAGUCUGGAGAGGAUGAGGAUGAUGAAGAGGAGGAAGAAGAGGACUUCAAGCCUUCUGAUGGGAGUGAAAACGAAAUGGAAACAGAAAUUCUGGACUAUGUGUGAACUCGAGUUAACAAGGACUGCAAGAAGAAGGCAAUGUGGCAGAGCUUCAGGUCCACAGAGGUUGCCCACUCUGGCCAUUAGUCUGCUAUCGCUGGCUGGAUUGUUACCGUGCAGUCACAGAAAUUAAAGAUCUGCUGGCGUUGUCUGGGUCUUGUUCAUUCCUCAGUGUGUUACAAGGGGAAGGUUUAUCAUUAGUGGCUGAUGAUAUGCUCUAAUGCAUAUAGGUAUAUAUAUUCUAAUAUCAGAUACAUGAGGACUGGCUCCUAAUGGGUGCACACACUAUAGCUCGCUGGGAAGUCCCCUGCUUUGCCUUGUGGUGCUACCUCUGCAGCACGGGCUACAACACUAAGUACAGAGACGUGUCUUACAGCUUUAUGACUUUGUAAGGGGGGCUGCGUAUUGUUCUGCCUGGGGAGAACCAGCCACAGUAAAGUGUAGGUGCUGGCAAUGUGCAAGGCCAGAGGCACAAGUGGUUGUGCAACAGAUUUACCCUUCUCAAUACAAUGCAAGCAGGGAACUAGGAAAAAGGAGAGAUGCUGUGGGCACUCUACUUCCAGUUAAGAAUACCUACCUGUGCUCAGGUGUGAGCAGGGACCAAGAAUAAAAUGCUAGGAAAAAUACCUGAAUCCCAGCUUUCUAUCAACAACAGGCCAGAGUUUACUUGUUUUCCAGCUGUUUCUGAAAUUCCUCCGUCUGGGAAGACUGCAGUUACGUGGAUGCUUAAUUCUGCCUUAGUAGGUAAUGACAUAACCAGCCCUGCCUACACAAUGCAAUCCUUUAGUUUUGAAAAACUCAGCUUUAAAGUAAUCUAUAUAGCAAAAGAGGAAUUCUGGGCAUCGGAGCUCUAUCUGUAAUACCCACACUCAGAGCCACUACACCAUCUCCACCGCAGUCUGUGCAACUGUAAAAUAGAAUAAACAUGCUGGCCAUGCUAGGAAAGGAACCCUUGAACACCAAAGGAACAGCGCCUCAAACUGAAACAGACAACUAUCUUCACAACAUAAGAACCAAACCUUGCAGUUGCUCUUAAAACCAUUGCUAAUAUGAAAAGGAUUAAAACCAGUAAAUUAGAUGUCUUAUUUAUGCUAUUGGAAAAUGUACCAGGCCCAACAACUCAGAUUCAAACGAACAGGGUUACUUGAAAGCAGGAACUAGUUCUGCAAACAAAAAAGCCUUGUUUCUUCAUUCAAGCCCAAAACAAAGCUCAACUCACGUACCACAGGGUACAACCCCAGGCUCAGUCACCACCUCAUCCACGGUCAGAUCCGUUUCCCUUUCUCUAGGAAUGGGCCAGGUUUUUGGGAAGGAAGAGAGGACAACCCCUGCCUUGGGGCAGGGACGUUUGAGCAUCGGUAUUUUAUUGCAAAGACUAAUUACAUUGCUGUGUACAAGUCACACUGGGCAGUGUGCUCCUUCAUUGAAGUGGUACAAAAUACAUAUGGUACAGCCAGUCCCUCCGGUGACGCUGAGCUGCCAGGGGACACCGGCAGGAGGGGAGGGGGACGGUGACAGCGGGGUGGGCAGGAGCUGGCAGGCACAGAGCAGCACGGGGCCGAGGGGAGGCCCCGGGGUGCUGGUACCGGGCUCUGGGCAGGGGGGGAUGCAGGAAGCAGCCUCUGCGUCAGGGUGCCAGGGGCUCCCAUCAUGUGCAGCGUGGGCACGGUGGGCCAGGACAUGCCACCCUAAGGGGACACGGGGCUGGCAGAGCUACUGCCAGCCCCGCUGGUCAACAAGCAAGCAGCCUCUCCCCGCCCGGUGCCACAGGUCCCACCACCUCCUGCCACCAGCCCUGGUCCCCCGAGCACGAGAGCGCAGCGUCGCUGCAGCCCAGGCCCCUCUCCUGGAGCCGGGGAACGCAUUGCCCCUGCCCGGCAGCACGGACAGACAGGAAAGAGAGGGUGGGGUGGGAGGAAGUGCUUAAACGAGAUGGCCCAGCAUGUCCAGGAGCAAAGAAAAAAUAAAAAAAUAAAAAAGAAUGGUUAAAAAAAAAAGAAUAAAAGUCCCCCCUUUGGUUAGUGUUUCCUACAGUCAUUAAAAUAAGCACCUCUGCCCUUGCUCGAUCGACUAGUGGUAAAGGAACAAGGGAGAGAGGGAGGCCAGAGCGGUCUGUGCCUUAGAGCGUGGCAGAGCAACCCUGCUGCUUCCAGCAGCUGAAAAUACCAGGGGGGAGAGGAGAGGGACUGGGCUGCAGGGCAGGGGAGGCUGGGUUAGUAAAAUGUACAAGUUCAUCUCUUCUAUUUACAACCAAUAAAUAUUGAAAAAAAAAAAAAAAAGAAGUAAACAUUUUUGUUUUAUACAAAAGAAGUCUCAUUGCUGCUUCUCCCAUGGUCAGUGUUUGAAAGUCUGGUUAAAGCCCAAGGUGAGUGGCACUUUCUAGGGGGCAGGCGGUGGCACCGGGGUACUGUGAGCACCCCGAGCUCUGUCUCACCUCCUCGCCCACCUGCGCAGACCCAGGGUCUCUAUUUACACAAAUUCAGACAGAAAUAAACUCUCCUCUUCCUCGCUAGGCUGGCAGCUCUGGGGGCACGGGGAGGCGUGCAAAGCUUCCCCCGCCUGCAGAAGAGACACUGGCGUUUGAUCUUUGGUGCAGGUUUGAACGCGGGCUGGCAAAGUCCAGCUGGGUCGGGGAGAGGAGCGAGACCAGGCGAAGGCUUCCAGUCAUCGAGAGCACGAGGCACCCGCUCCAUCGCAGCACGGACGCAGCCCUUCUCGGGGCUCCCAGCACCGGCACGGGGCUGAAUCCCUUCCAGCGUGCCUCCUCAUCCGCGGCUUCUCCCAGGAUAAGGACGUGGAGGUAAAAACCAACACCGGGAAGCUCCCAUAGCAGCGGCUCGUCCGCCGCUCUGUGCAAACGGCCCCUCUGCAGGCCUCCGCUCCCCGGCUCGCACGGACACAAGGCACCUACGGCAGAGAGGCGGGCUCCUGCUCUGGGCAGGCCGGCGGCUGGACGAGUGGCGCACUGUGGAAGGUUU